GUUUAUUUGGGCCUUUUUGAAAGUGUUGACUAAACACAGCGCGCGCACGCACACGAGUGGGAGUUUUUUUCUUUCUAUUUGCUUUCCAGACUUCCAGACAGUAGCUACAACCUGUUUUCUCCUCCAGUCGCGCAUUUGUCGAAGGACACUGUAAUUUGGGGCCUCGUUUGCCUUUUAGUUGUGUAUAUGAACAACCGAUAAUGGGCAUCGGUCUGUUUUAAACCACCACUGAUAGUUUAAACGCAGGGGGAAAGUUCCUGUUCGUGUUUUACAGUGGUCUAUGAAAGCACCAGCGCCGGGUCGGGCCGGGUCUGACCGGGUCGGACCGGGUCUGUACUCUGGAAGCUGGACUACGUCAACAGAUGAGCGGAGACCGGCCCAGAUGUGAGCUGAGCAGAGGCGGUGCGCUGCGCUGCGGUCACUCCGAAACGCACGCUGAUGCUGACACAGGAAGACCCUGCGCGUAUCUGAUAGUUGCCGGCGCACCCGUGCGUAAAGACGCGCCGAACCCGACGAGCGUUUCUAGGGCGCAGCGCGGCGGCGGUCGAAGAUGCUGGCGAGGAAAAGCAUUAUCCCGGAGGAGUUCGCGCUGCCGGGGCUCGUGUCGCGCGUGCCCCGCAAGCCGGUGUUCAGGGACCGCGUGAACAAGGCGCGCUUCAUCGCCAAAAACGGCUCGUGCAACCUGGCGCACAAGAACAUCCGCGAGCAGGGCCGAUUCCUGCAGGACGUCUUCACCACGCUGGUGGACCUGAAGUGGCGCUUCACGCUGGUCAUCUUCACCACGACGUUCGUCAGCAGCUGGCUGCUCUUCGCCAUGGUGUGGUGGCUGGUGGCGUUCGCGCACGGAGACCUGAACCAGGAGCAGCGGAACGCGACUCAAAGCUACUGCGUCACCGAAGUCAAGUCGUUCACCUCCGCGUUCCUGUUCUCCAUCGAAGUCCAGGUGACCAUUGGCUUUGGAGGGCGGAUGAUGACGGACCAGUGUCCGAUCGCCAUCGCGUUCCUCAUCCUGCAGAACAUAGCUGGGCUCAUCAUUAAUGCUGUGAUGCUGGGCUGUAUCUUCAUGAAGACGGCCCAGUCCAACCGUCGAGCGGAGACGCUGAUCUUCAGCCGCCACGCCGUCAUCGCUGUCCGAAACAACCACCUGUGCUUCAUGAUCCGCAUCGGAGACCUCAGGAAGAGCAUGAUCAUAGGAGCGACCGUCAGGCUGCAGGUGGUGAGGAAGACGACCACGCCGGAGGGGGAGGUGAUCCCCAUCCAUCAGAUCGACGUGCAGACAGAAAGCGCCGUGGCCAGCAACAGCCUGUUCCUGCUGGCGCCGCUCAUCAUCUGCCACGUCAUCGACAAAAACAGCCCGCUGUACGACCUGUCGGCCAUGGAGCUGCAGUGCAGCGACCUGGAGGUGAUCGUCAUCCUGGAGGGCGUCGUGGAGACGACGGGCAUCACCACACAGGCCCGGACCUCCUACAUCUCCGAGGAGAUCCAGUGGGGCCACCGCUUCGUUCCCAUAGUGACGGAGGAGGAGGGCGUGUACUCCGUGGACUACUCCAAGUUUGGGAACCUGGUGAAGGUGUCGACGCCGCUCUGCAGCGCCAAAGAGCUGGACGAGACGCCGUCCAUCCUGAUCCAGACCAUCCAGAAGAACGAGCUGUCCCACCAGAACUCGCUGAGGAAGCGCAACUCCAUGCGCCGCAACAACUCCAUGCGCAAGGGCGGCGGCGGCGGCGGCGGCGGCGGCGGGAGCCUGCGCAGGAACAACUCGGGGCUCGCCGCGGCCAAGGUCCAGUUCUACACGCCCACGGACGCCAGUAAGAACCUCAACGCCGUCACCUGACAUAAGGCCUGCCUCCUGCUGGGCCUGAGCCUCCUGCUGGGGAGGGGCCUCCUGGGUGUGGGUGCGUCUCCUCCUCUGAUGGGACUCAUUCUGUUUCUGUUCCCCUCCAUGUCUGAGUUUGUCUCCCAACACUUCAACUGCUAAUGUCAAUCAUUAAACGAUUCGCAACCAGCUCACACUUCACACAA